AUAAAAAAACUUUCAAAAUAUGUCACACACACACAAUUGUCAAAUCUAAACCCUUUUCUAGAGACUUUUUAUAACAAUAAUCAAUAUUAGAUUGAUUUGUGCAUCUAUUUAGAAUAAAUGUGUCACGAAUUGCGAUAACCAGAAGAAUAUAAUUAAAAUGUAAUAGUUAGUAGUAGUAAUAACAAUUUGAUAGCGAUGUCGUCGUCGAGUGAAAACCCGGCGCCGUCGUGCAACGAAAACCCAAAUGUUGAAGAAGGCAGUGAUAACACGAACGGUAAUAAUUCUAUUGUAACAUCACAGGAGGAAAUUAAGUUAGAAAUAGAAUUGGAGAUGUUAAACUCUUCAAAAGAAGAUAUAACUGCUGCUGAUAAAGAAGACUCAGAUGAAGGAACCAUAGAUGAUAAAAUUUCAAAUGAAAAUGCACCUAAUACUUCAGUAGAAGAAGCUCAAAAUGCCAUGACAGUCAAUGUACCUUGUAAUUCAGAUUCAGAACAAAAUAAGGAUCAAGCAAGCCAAGAAAAUGUGGUUACUGAAAGAACAGAUCCGAUUCCUGGUUGCUCUGGCACCUGCACUGGUGAUCCUGUAAUACCACCACUAUUCCACAAUAGCAAUGUUCAGUUGUUCACUGAGGACACAGGUCCUCAAAUGUACCAUCUUAAAGGUAAUUUAGUCACAGCACCAAUAAUCACAAAGAAUUUGCCUAAAGUCUUUGAAUACUUGCCCAUUCAUGGCAAGCCACAGGAAAGUAAAAGCUUGAAAGAAUACUAUUCUAAUAAAAUUAAAGAGUUUGUUGGCUGUGGCUUGAGCGAUUAUGAGUUUAAACAAUUGGAAGAUUAUUGCAGUCCAGAGCACUUAAAAACUGGAAAAGAAAUUAUUAUGGGAACAAACGUGCCGCUCAUGGGGGUAAUGGGCAUGAUACCCAAAGACAAUCACUUGAUUGAGCGCGAUGAGCAGCCAGACCUCUGCAUCGUCAAGAAGAACAAGAUGCGGAAUGACAAGGAUACCAAGGGACUGUUUGUUAAGAAGCUCAAAUACAGGAGUGUGAGGAACUUGCCAUUUACACAGGAGGUAUAUCACCUGAAGCCCGGCACUCCUACUGAAGAAAGUCCUGAUGUAGACUUGGAGCCAGGCAAAGAUAUACUGUAUCGAGUGAGGGUGUACAGGCCUUAUACCUACAACUUGGCUAGGGAUAGAUUUACUCGUACCCGUCACUCGGUGUUCUGCUCCGACAUCAUUCUGACGGGCAGACACAAGCUGUCAGACCUGCGGGAUCGCUUCGUGUGCCACAACGACUUCGAUAUGCGAGUGGACGUGUCCAACAACCCUGAUAUGCUGCCUAAUACUAAGGCUAAGGAAGUGUUCCCGUCGGGUUUCCUGUUCAUAAACAACGCGUUCUACGUGGACAGCCGCGAGGGCUGCAUCGACUACAGCGCGCCCAUCCGCGAGUGGGCGCUGCGCAAGAAGAUCGGCGCCUUCCCCAAGUACGACAUGUGCGAUGUCCGGCUCGAAGAACUCGUGCUCAAGCUGGGCUAUCCUGAGGUGUACGUCCACCAAGGUAACUGUGAACAUGUAUUCCUAUUCUCCGAGAUCCGCCUACUUUCUCCAAGCGAUCCGCCACGUUUGUACAACUACCCGUGUUCGUCUGCCAUUGCGCAGAACCAAACCGUUUACUGCACCACUUGCGCAGAAUUCCCAGCUAAGUGGAUAGUAGUCGGGUGCGCUAGAGUACCUUUCGAUCCUGCAUUCUUCUGUGAAACUUGCUUCAGACAGUACUUAUACAAAGACGGACAGAAAAUUGGGGAGUUCAAAGCGUACUCGUAUAGGGGGAACGCGUUAAAUGUGUUGAAACCUCAAUGACGGGGCGCUCUGGUUGCGGAGUAUGGUUAUAAUGAGCCUCUGCGAGAGAGAAUAGACUGACAGUCUCAGUACUCAUAAAACAAGUCAGUUGACCACAUAACCUCCUCAUAAUCUGGUUUUAUACAAACUUAUAAAGUGAGGCAUUGUCUGUCUUCUGGUAUUAUCUUGUAAAACAGUAUCGGUAUAUGAGUUUUAGCUCAAGAGCAAAGCUUGAUUUUGUAGAACAAAGUUCAUGUGCAAUGACUCAAUAGCUAUAGCCGGGCGUAAGUCAAUAUCCCACCCAAAACAAAAAUGUGAAAGACUGCCAAGUUCGAUAAUAUGGGAAUGCUUCGCCUAUAAAAGAAGUGAGAUCUGAAUAAGUACCAAGUUCCAUACACAUACCUCAGUUAAAAAUAGUUACUUUUUAAUGAUGUUACUUGGCAAGUUUUCAUACACCUUGUUAUAAACCUACUAAACGCAAUGAAUCAAGUAUUUAAUUUUCUAUUAAAACUUGCCAAGUAAUCAUCAUUAAAAAGUAACUAUUUUUAACUGAGGUAUGUGUAUGGAACUUGGUACUUAUUCAGAUCUCACUUCUUUUAUAGGCGAAGCAUUCCCAUAUUAUCGAACUUGGCAGUCUUUCACAUUUUUGUUUUGGGUGGGAUUUCAUUUAUUUUUGUAAGGUUGUUUAUUUUAUUUUUUUCUUAUGAUGAAGUUAGUUAAAGAAAUGUCUCAUUUAUACUAUCUUUUAGAUUUUUUAAUAUGCACUAUGUUUCUUACAAAGAAAUGAACUAGAUUAACUAUGACUAGAUUUACCAACUGACUGACAUGACAUGUUAUCAUAUAUUAUGUUCGUGGAUCAAAGUUACACAUUCGUUAUUUUCAAAAGUGAUUCACACUUGGCCGUUUUCAGAUUUUUACUUUACUUUGACUAAAUACAAACCUUUGUACCAUUCGAAGAUAUAUUAUAUAAAUAUAGAUAAAUUUAGUUCGUUUUAGUUCCUUAGGGGUAUAAAUUUACACCGGGUAUAAAACACCUUCAUUAUUUUGAAACCGACUCACACUUGGCCAUUUUCAGAUUUUUCCCUUUACCUUGACAUAAAGACCUACCUCCAUGCCAAAUUUCAAGUCAAUACGACCAUUGGAAGUGGUCUAGGUUUUUGAUGAGUGAGUCAGUGAAUCAGUGAAUCAGUGAAUAAGUGAAUCAGUCAGUGAGUGUAUAGUAAAAAUAGCGAUUUUCUGACGUCAAUAUCUCAAGACCUACAAUAGGUAUAUUAAUGAAAUUUUGUAUUUUAGAUAAGUGAGGGGGUCUCAACAGAUACUAGAAAUUUGAUAUGCGUAAAUAAAAUAGAUUUUGAGUUACAGGGGGGUCGAAUUUGGCCCGAAAUGGUUCGUGUAAUAUAACCCACGGCCGGUGUGUCGCCUUUUUUGCUCGAACUUGGCGGAGACACUGCCGUGUGUCUAGAUGAAAAUUGAAAUCUUUAACUAUAGGAAACUUUUCUAAAUAGGUGAAUCUUUCGCUUCCAAAUCGCUUCCAAAACCUUGUUAAUAUACUCGUCCCUUAUUGAACUAUCCAGUAGAAUUGAAAAAAAAGUAGAAGUCCAUUUUUUUAAUAAUGUUAUUUAUUUAUUAAUUUAUUUGGAUUUCCAACAAGAAAUACACAUUACAGACAGGUUUUAGGAACAGAUAUUUACUUUUCUUGUUUCCUUAAUUAUAGGAAAUCAAAGCAUGCCUUAAAUUAUAAUUAUAAUCACAUAUCCAAUCGUUAUAUAUGUAAGAUUCAUAUGAUACAUUAUUAUUUAUAUAAGAUAAAAAUGUAUGAAAGUGUAACUAUAAUAUUAAGUGGAAACAAGGGUACAUACUGUCCUGUGCCGCAGCAUACUACGGGUGCAAGUAAUUAAUUUAGGAAAAGGCUAGGCCGAACCUUCUUAGAAGGAAUCGAUCUUUAAAAAAGGCUGAGGGAAGAGACUAAGUAGCUGUUAACUGUUUGUUAUAAAAGUUAGCUAGGCUGUGCUACUUUUUUUCUUUGCGCUAUGUACGGGUCUGGUUUUAUUCCCAAACAUGAUUGAAAAUUAAAGGUUAUAAUGGUAAUAUGAUAUGUAUUGCUCUCUAGUAAUGUAAUAUCGUAUUUCAAUAAUAAGGUCCUUAGGACCUUUGCCAAUGUUAGCUAUUUAUAAGUAAGUUUAAUUUAUAAUUUUCCUGUGAUGAAUAUCCGAUUUUGUAUCGAUAAAAGUAAAAUCGAGUUUUUUUAUGAAUGAAAAAAUAAAAUAAAUCUUCAAA